CGCCGGUUCAAAACCAAAAGUCUAGUUCCGUCGCGCUCUGAAAAGCAGCGGCGAGCGCAUAAUUAAGCGGCCGCGGGCAGAUCUUAUCUGCAACUACGUAUGAUUCUACGCACGUGUUAAAAGAAGCCCCGCAUUCACCUGAGUCAAUCGCUUGCAGCAUGCGUCUCUUUUAUAUUCUUUAUCUCGUAAUGCUGACGAUUGAAUAUAUCGACUGCGGAAGGUAUCACAAGAUUCCAGUUAAUAUAAAUCAGAGAGAGGUACAUUAUGUAGACGGAGAUAAUACCGGUCAUGCUUGUCGCGGAAGUGCUGGGAACACUGUUGAGAAGAAAAACGUGGAGCAAAAGACCAGCAGCCUCGCGCAGAAAGCUGCUCAAGAAGCAAAAGCCGCCUCGGAUGCUCAAAACAUUGCCGGCCAGCAAGCAGCACGUCAAGUAAAAACGCAGCUCGCCGAAAAAGCGGUGCAGGCCGCAAAGGCGGCGGAAGAGAUGCUCUCGCGGAAGAAGGUGAUAGUGGCGGAACUGCAGGAGGAAGUGAAGGAGGCACAGUCGGUAGUGCAGGAGGAGUCCUCGUCGUUGGAACGGGAGCAAACGAACGUGAACGCGGCCGUGCAGGCUGCGCGACAGUCCCAGGACCAGCUAAAGACACUGACACACGCGGUGCAAACGGCCAAAGCGAACGCGGCGAACGCCCAGGCGGCGGCCAGCGGCGCUCAAAAAACCUUGCAGGAGAAAGAGGAAUUGGUGGACGCGGCAAAGAGGCGGGUCGAAGAAUUGUCGAAUCAGUUGAAAGUCGCCAGACAAGAACUCGUUAAUACGAACCGCGCGGCUGCCAAAGCGAACGCGGCGGCGACCGAGGCGAAAGCCAACGCCAGCAGGAACAAAAGACGGUUACAGAACAUUAGGAGGAUGAGAGUGAGGAAACGGUGCGUGCAGGAUGAAAAAUGAAUAUAGGUAAAUAACUUCAGAAAAAGGCUUACGGAAAUAUAAAUAUUGUAUACUAUACUUACAUUAAUUAGAUAUAAAUAAAUUUACACUGAAAC